CCGGCUCCCCAAAGUGGCUCCGGCACACAGGUCUCCUGCUUUGCUUAGGCUAGGAACACAAGAUGGAAAUAGAAAAGAGGGGUUUAGGGAACAUAAACAAGUAAGGAUAAAGGCUCACUGACCUAGAUGCCUUGCAAGUAUUUAUUAAUGCAAACUGGAACCCAUUGAUCUACUCUCGCACUUGCUGGGAGUCGAAACCAUGGCUAAAGAAUUCCAGGCGAUGUGUCGACACCGGGCACUUCUUUCCCAAGCUUGCCUCAUCCCCGACAGAACUUCAACUCCCGGCAUGCCUCGGGCCUUCAUGGGUGCGCCCCAUUAUUACUCUAAAGUUGUGGUCUUCUGUGAAAUGUAGUUUCCUUGCCUACACUGUCUACGUAACCUGCCGGAAGGUGAACUACAACUCCCGUGGGGCCUUACGCGCCCCACCCCGCGCGUCAUGUUAGAAAGCGCCGCGGCGGCCAUGUUGCUCUCUACCCUCGCCGUGGCCGGGGCUGGCGCCGGGAGCGCGGGCUUGGCGUAGCUGACAUCGCAAUGCUGCGGUCCCUGGUGUGGAGGAGGACAGCGCCGGCACCGGGGCUCCUCCUGCGGCUCCUCCGGGCCCGGCCGCUCAGCUCCCGCGGGGCCUCCUUGGGCCAGAGGGGGGCCGCCGGGGGCCGCGGGGAAGCGCAGUAUCUCAGAGCGGCCGCUGGGGGGCGGUCCUCGGCGCAGCCGCAGUAUGUCGGAGCGGUCUCUUGGGGGAGCCGGGACAGGCAGCUGCAGGGCCUUGGGGCGGCCGCGUGGGGGCGUCUUUUGGCCCCCGAAGAAAGCCCCUCGUCGGGCCGCUGGAGUGGAGUCCCGAGCGCGGCCGGACUGGGCGUGUGGGCCUUGGCAUCUGCGCUAGUUGCCCAUUGCUACAGCAAGAGCCCCGCCAAUAAGGAAGCUGCCCUGCUGGAAGCUGCCAGGACCAACAAUGUCCAAGAAGUCAGCAGGCUCUUGUCCGAAGGUGUCAACGUGAACGCCAGGCACAAGCUGGGUUGGACAGCUCUCAUGGUGGCAGCAAUCAGCAGAAACUAUAGUGUUGUGCAAGUCCUGCUGGCUGCAGGGGCUGAUCCCAACCUAGGAGAUGAAUUCAGCAGCGUCUACAAGACCGCCAAGGAGCAGGGUGUCCACUCCCUGGAAGAUAGGGGGAAGGACGAUGCAUCCUCGAACAUCCCUUGCCAGUGGACAAGUGCCCUGGAGUUCGGGAGGUGGCUGGGAGCCCCCAUUGGAGUCCUGGUGACCCGAGAGGAUGACUUCAACAAUCGACUGAACAAUCGGGCCAGCUUCAAGGGUUGUACAGCUUUGCAUUAUGCCGCCCUGGCUGAUGACUACCGCACUGUAAAGGAACUAGUAGACGGAGGAGCAAGCCCCUUGCAGUGUAAUGAAAUGGGUCACACCCCAGUGGACUAUGCCCGGGAUGGGGAGGUCUUGAAGCUCCUGAAGACUUCAGAGACCAAGUUUCAGGAGAAGCAACGGAAGCGCGAGGCUGAGGAACGUCGUCGUUUCCCUCUUGAGCAGCGGCUAAAGGAGCACAUCAUUGGCCAGGAGAGCGCCAUUGCCACGGUGGGAGCAGCGAUCCGGAGGAAGGAGAAUGGCUGGUACGACGAAGAACACCCACUUGUCUUCCUUUUCUUGGGAUCAUCAGGGAUAGGGAAAACGGAGCUGGCCAAACAAACAGCCAAGUACAUGCACAAGGAUGGCAAGAAGGGCUUCAUUCGGCUGGACAUGUCAGAGUUCCAGGAGAGACAUGAGGUGGCCAAGUUCAUCGGCUCCCCACCAGGCUACAUUGGCCACGAGGAAGGGGGCCAGCUGACCAAAAAGCUGAAGCAGUGCCCCAAUGCCGUGGUGCUCUUCGAUGAGGUGGACAAAGCGCAUCCAGACGUCCUCACCAUCAUGCUGCAGCUGUUCGAUGAGGGCCGCCUAACAGAUGGGAAAGGGAAGACCAUUGACUGCAAGGACGCCAUCUUCAUCAUGACAUCCAACGUGGCCAGUGAGGAGAUCGCCCAGCAUGCCUUGCAGCUACGCCAAGAAGCCCUGGAGCUUAGCCGAAAUAGACUUGCUGAGAAUCUUGGGGAUGUCCAGCUAAGUGACAAGAUCACCAUCUCAAAAAACUUUAAGGAGAAUGUGAUUCGACCAAUCUUGAAGGCUCAUUUCCGAAGAGAUGAGUUUUUGGGCCGGAUAAAUGAGAUUGUCUAUUUCCUUCCCUUUUGUCACUCGGAGCUUAUCCAACUGGUCAACAAGGAGCUGACCUUCUGGGCAAAGAGAGCCAAGCAGAGGCACGAUAUCACACUGCUUUGGGACCGAGAGGUGGCAGACGUAUUGGUUGACGGUUACAAUGUUCAUUAUGGCGCCCGUUCCAUCCGACAUGAGGUGGAGCGCCGAGUUGUGAACCAGCUGGCUGCUGCGUAUGAGCAGGACCUGCUUCCAGGAGGCUGCACCCUGAGAAUCACAGUGGAAGACUCUGACAAGCAGCUCCUAAAGACACCUGAGCAUCCCUCACCCCAGCCAGAGAAGCGACCACCCAAGCUUCGGCUGGAGAUUGUAGACAAGGAUAGCAAGAGCCGCAAGCUGGACAUCCGGGCACCCCUCCAUCCCGAGAAAGUUUCCUAUACACUCUAGCUGGGUAUGGGCCUGGCCCCGACCCCUCUCCUAAGCAAGGCUGUACCGCGCCCCAGAAAACAAUAAAGUCUGGUCGAAUGCUU